AUGACCAAAGGUGCCGAUCCUCAACACGGAUCCACUAAGCGUGGAGCUGGGGGGGAGUCGGGGGAAAGUCUAUUACGCGCUGCUAGAGCAGGUGACCUGAAGAAGGUUUUGGAUUUAAUAAAUUCCGGUGUUAACAUAAAUUCUACAAAUCCUACGGGUUUGACAGCACUCCACUUGGCGGCGAAAGAGGGUCACACCGAGGUAGUAAAGGAGUUGAUUCAUCAUGGAGCCGAUGUCAAUGCUACCUCAAAGAAGGGGAACACGGCUCUCCAUAUUGCCUCUCUUGCUGGUCACUUAGGUGUCGUUCGAGCUCUUGUCGAUGCAAACGCUAAUCCUAAUUGCCAGUCACUGGUUGGGUUCACCCCUCUGUACAUGGCGGCGCAGGAGAAUCAUCUGGAUGUUGUUAUCCUCCUCCUAAACAAAGGUGCCAACCAGUCACUCACAACCGAAGAUGGUUUUACACCUCUAGCAGUGGCUCUGCAACAGGGCCACGAUCGUGUUGUGGCUACUCUACUGGAACGGGACACUCGUAGUCGUGGCGGACUUCCUGCUCUCCAUGUGGCGGCUCGCAAAGAUGAUGUCAACGCUGCCAACCUCUUACUCAUGAGCCCUGAUGCCAAUGUAAACCAUCAAUCUCAGCCGGGUUUUACGGCACUACACAUUGCUGCACAUUACGGUUCUACGAAUGUUGGUGCUCUUCUUAUUCAACGCGGUGCAGAUGUCAAUUUCCAAGCCAAGAACAACAUAACUCCCUUGCACGUGGCGGCCAAGUGGGGUCGGGUGGCGAUGGUGAAGCUAUUGCUGGACAACAACGCUCUAGUGGACAGUCGAACACGUGACGGUCUCACACCCCUCCACUGUGCCGCACGCUCUGGUCACAACAGCGUCUGCACCAUGCUCAUCGACGCUGGCUGCAACCCCUCCGCUAAGACUCGGAAUGGACUCACGCCGUUACAUAUGGCGGCCCAAGGCAACCACGAUGAGGUGACAUGCAAUCUUAUCACCCGUGGCGCAAGUCUGCAGGCUACAACCGGGGACUUCCUCAAUCCUCUACAUGUGGCUGCUCAUUGUGGUAAUGUGAAGGUGGCUCGCAUCCUCAUCGAAAAGGGCUGCGACAUGAACGCGCGUGCUUUGAACGGAUUCACACCACUCCAUAUCGCCUGUAAGAAGAACAAAAUUUCCGUAGUGGAACUGCUUCUUGAUCGUGGCGCACAAAUCUCCAGUACUACUGAAGCCGGGCUCACACCGUUGCACGUGGCAGCAUUCAUCGGGAGCCCAGAACUGGUGCGUUUGUUGUUGGAGCGCGGUGCUUUGGUGGAGCAGACGACGAUGCGUGGUGAGACGCCCCUCCAUUUGGGUGCGCGAUCGUGCAGUUUGGAAGUCGCCGAACUCCUGCUCACCCAUGGAGCUGCUGUUGACGCCAAGGCAAAGGAUGAACAGACACCAUUGCAUAUUGCCACGCUAUGCGGAUCCGCGGACAUGGUCUUUCUCUUGCUCAAAUUCGGCGCCAAUCCCAACAUGCCCACUCGUGAUGCCUACACUGCCCUCCACAUUGCUGCAAAGGAUGGUCGAGCCGACAUCGUCCAGUGCCUUCUGGCCAGCGGAGCUAAUCCUGAUGCCAGAACUCGACGUGGCUUCUGCCCUCUACACUUGGCGGCGAAGCGGGGUCGUGCGGAGGCAGCGCGCACCUUGUUGCAGGUGAUGCGACCCGAGCUGGUCAAUGCGGUGGGUCGUAAUGGUCUUACUCCGCUCCAUAUGGCGGCUCACUAUAAUCACGUUGCCCUUGUCCAACUACUCCUCGAGUUUGGCGCUGAAGCUGAUAGACCGGCGGGUAAUGGUUAUACGGCGUUGCAUAUCGCGGCAAAGCGGAAUCAUCAGGACCUUGCGGCUCUCCUGUUGGCCAACGACCGUGACCCCAAACGAAGCACCAAUCGCGAAUCGCGCUGCGGCUUUACACCCCUCCAUCUGGCUGCUCAGGAGGGCAAUGCUGACAUGGUUGGCUUGCUCCUUCUCAAUGGAGCCGAUGCUGAGUAUAGGGCUAAGAAUGGUGUAACCCCGAUGCAUCUCGCUGCGCUGGAGGACCACGUGACUGUGGCGCAGCAGUUAGUUCACGAGGGGGCACAGGCCACGUCUGUAACACAGGCGGGCUACACGCCCCUACAUACCGCUUGCUACGCUGGUCGUCUGAAUAUGGCACGUUUUCUGGUGGCUCUAGCUACUUCCGACAUCAAUUCAACCACCAACGCAGGAUUCACACCCCUUCACUUGGCAGCGCAGCAGGGUCACUCAGAUAUUGUUUACCUCCUCCUUGAACAUGGUGCUGAUCCCAACUCAAGGAAUUCGCAAGGUCUAACGGCAGCUCAGAUUGCCCGUCAUCAGCACUACCUGACUAUUUUUGACACGCUCCGCGCUGUCACUACGGUUAUCACCGACUGGGAUGAUGCCAAGGACACUUACAAUACAGAGGUUCUCCUUGAUUUGCCUGAGAUUUCAGCCACCGCUAAAGAAGCUGCCGAGGUUGUUGAAUCAGAUGAGGAGGGAAUGGUGCUGUCAAGAAAGGUCGAUAGGACAUCGGCAUAUCCCUCGCAAUAUCAGGCAGAAUAUGUCAAGGCUUCUUCGCAAACCUCCAACACUCUUCAUCCCUCAGAAUCCGCCUACGAAAAUGAUGUAAUAUGGGGCGAGAUGGAGUAUUUGAGUCAACCACUUCAAGCAGUUCCGAAUUGGGAAAUCGACAAGGACCACGAGGAUACCACCUCAUUGACGGGUUUCACUGAUGCAGUAGCCUUUUCAACUGACUCCUCCACCAUGCAGACCGACCAACAUCAGCUGGAGCUGCCCUCUGAUGAACAAGUAUUGCACGAGACGUCGGUAGUUCCGCAACACAAUACCAGCCUCUCUGCCACUCUUACCAGUGAUCUACACAUGGGAGAGACCUCAAAGGUGUUAGCAGGUCCAGGUGAUCACCUAGACGCAGAAUGGGAAAUGGAAACAGAGCCUGUUAUGAGCACCUCAAAAAAACCGCUGGCUGGAGGCUUUCUGGUCUCUUUCCUGGUGGAUGCACGCGGUGGUCUGCUGGAGUCGAAACGCUAUCCAGGCAUGCGUUUCAUCAUUCCGCCUAACGCCUCAGUUGGACCACUUCGUAUCAUUUGUCGCCUUCUGCGCUACCCAUCCUAUGCCGUGCAACCGCCUCUCAAUGAUGGUGAGGGUCUGGCUUGCCGACUAAUUGAAGUGGGUCCAGUGGGUAUCCGUUUCAACACGUCUAUCCUCAUCGAGGUACCGUACUGUGCCUCAUUGCGGAGCAACCAACGCGAAAUCGUAGUGCUCCGUUCCGAGAAUGGUGAGAUUUGGAAGGAGCAUCCAGUUGAUCCCACUGAUCAGGCCGUUCAGGACUCCCUUGGGGAAUAUUUCGCUGACGCAACUCCCUCCGCUGAAUUGCGCAGACGUCGAGUGCACCGCAUCCUCACCAGCACCAUCCCACAAUACUUUGCUCUGAUCACACGCCCCCGCCAAGACCUUGUGCUGGUCGGUCCUGAUGGAUACGUUCUCACAUCCAGUGUUGACCCUCAAGUCAAGGUCACAUUCCCACGGGGUGCCCUGCAGAAAAAAAUUCGAGUUGGACUGCAAGUACAGACCGUGGAUCCUACCCUCGUGGCUGCAUGUCUCGGUUCGCCACGUAUUGCAGUCUCGCCGAUUGUAACGAUAGAGCCGCGUCGACGCAAAUUUCACCGUCCCAUUGUGGUAUUUAUUCCUUUGCCUACUGUGGCAGGGAAAGGGUCACAGCAACAGCAGAAGGGGCAGACUCCACCUGAUCUCUCUACUGUGCGUCUGCUCUGUUCCAUCACAGGUGGCACGGCGCCGGCAAUUUGGGAAGACAUUACUGGCAGUUCACCGUUCUCGUUGCAAAAGGAUUGUGUCUCUUUCACUACUACUGUCUCGGCUAGGCUUUGGCUUAUCGACUGCCCGAACCUCUCAGAGAUCUCGGAGAUGGCUAUGCGGGUGUACAACGAGGCAACAGCAGUGCCUUACCUGGGUCGUUUUGUUAUCUACGCACGUCGUCACCAUCCUGAGGAAGCGCGUAUUCGUUGUGUCUGCCUUACAGACGACUCGGAGCAGAAAACUCUUGAAUGUCAAGAGGGCUUUGAGGUUGUGGCUCGUAGCGAGGGGAUCAGGUCGUCCGAUUCUUCUACAGUUAGUCCUGAUUCCGAUAGUUUGGUGGAGUUUUUGCACAACCGCCCCGUGUGGCUUGAAACGGCAGGCAAUCUAGUCCCUGUCGCCGCCUCUCAUGCAGUCUCCACCACAGACUUUACUGCUGUGGUUGAUCAGUUGCGCUUCUCUAGUGUUUGCGCCUUCGAGGAAAACCGAUUAAACGUCCUUCUGCGCAUCAAAGAUCUCAACUCUCCUCCCGCUGGCCAUUUGGCCUUCAUGCCACAGCAAAGACAACCUGGCCUUUCUGUAGAGCCUCUUUGUGUUCUUGAUGUUCUGCUUCCACCGAUGGUAGCAAGUUCUAUUUCCGAGACUGCGGUAUCCGUUGGGCGACAUUCUUCCCAGAAGGACACUGCAGCAACAGCAGCCUCAGGCUUAGUUGCAGCAGCAACAGCAUCUUCUUUGGAGAAUUUUUUCAAUGGCAGCGUCAAGAACGGAUCUUUGGAUGAAGGGAUGGUGGAGUCGAUAGCACGGUCGGAUUUGGAUGUGAUGAAGGUCGCGGAUAACUUGGGCCCUGACUGGGUCUACCUCGCUCCGUACUUGGGCCUCUCGGCCCAGGAUGUCAAUGAUAUUCGGGCCAGUGGGACGGACAGCGACUAUAAAAUGGCCCUGAUGUGCCUAACCCUUUGGCAAGAGAGAGCUGGUCCCCAGGCCACAGCACAAGCACUGAAACAAGUUGGUCGCGAAGAUGUGUUGCGUCAGAGCAUGCAGAACAUCAGCCUCGUGCAAACCGAUCCUGAGCUCUCGCAUGCCUUGCGUAGUCUGGAAGCUGCGGAUAUUGCGGCUUCUGUUGAGCAAGUAGAAACGGAGAGGAAGAAGGUGAUUGCAGAGAAUGUGAGGGCGGAACCGCAACAGAGUGUCAUCAAGCCGGCAGUUGUUGAUGAUGGAGUGGUGGAGAUGACCAUUCUGCCACCUACACAGGCUUCGCCUGAACACGAGGUUACUAGCAGUGAAGAAAGGAAGGCUGCCCUUGAUGCUCUGGCCACCCAAUUGGGUGACGACAGUUUUGAAUUGCCACGUACAGCGAAUCUUGCUGAUGCUAACUAUGGCGAUGGCGUCGGUGAAGAGGAAGUCGUACCCGAGACCGUAAAACGAGCUGAUCAUUUGCAGUCUGCAGUUCCUGCCUUCCUGCUGGAAGAAAUAGAACGGGAAGAGUCUCGCACGGCCGCCCUAGAUCCUUCACAUCCCGACGAGUCAAUAGAUAUCGGUGGUGCCACGGCUUCUACCACCGCUGUGGUCGGGAUCGAAGAAGUUACAUCGAAACCACUAGUAUGCGAGGGUCUAAUCAUGUCGGAGUCAACGCGACCUGCACCGAGUCGGGCUCUUGAGAUGACUUAUGGGGGUGAUACAUCCUUCUGGAUGAGUCCUGACGACGCCAAAGGGGCCGGUAGUGACUUCGGGGCAAGAGUGGAGACGGAGAUGGAGGCGAUGGCGGAGAUGGAGUCUGAAGAGCAGGAAGGUGAUGUCAUCAUCCAACCCGUGGCGGUACCCAUGUGCGGUGUGUCUGAGGCCACAUGGGGCAGGGCGCAGUCGCCGACCCCAUCCACUGACUUUGACAUUCCUCUGAUUGUGCCUACUGUAGUCGAGAGGCUAGGUGAACGGGAAGAUACUUGGGGCAAACCCCAGGAGUUGGACUGA